UGCGCGCGGCGGCUGCCUUCCCACCACCACCCCCCUUCGAAGGCUCCGGAGCUCACCGGGUGUGUCUGCUCUGUCCCCUCCCCGUCUUUCAGGUCACCGGCGCUGUCGGAGCCCAGAGGCCCUCGCGGUGAAGGUGACCUCCCCCCCACCACCACCACCCGCCCCGGGGAGGAGGACGAUGGCCGGCGCCCGCGUCCCCGCUGCUGCUGUCGUCGUCGUGGUCGUCGGGUGGCUGCUGUGCGUCCCGCGCGGUCUCCGCGGCACGGAGCCCGAGCCGUCGCCCGCGCCCCCGGAGCCCUCCUCUGCGGAAGCCUCCUCCUGCCUGAACCGCUUUACCACGGGGGUGCCUGCUUUCGUGCUGGACACUGAGGCCUCGGUCAGUAACGGGGCCACCUUCCUGGGCUCCCCGGCAGCGCGCCGCGGCUGGGACUGCGUGCGCGCCUGCUGCGCCACCGCGACCUGCAACCUGGCGCUGGUGGAGCUGCAGCCCGAUGGCGACGAGGGCGCCGUGUCCGCCUGCUUCCUCGUGAACUGCCUGUACGAGCACAACUUCGUCUGCAAGUUCGCGCCCAGGGAGGGCUUCAUCAACUACCUCACGCGGGACGUGUACCACUCCUACCGCAAACUGCGGACCCAGGCCUUUGGAGGGUCCCGGAUCCCUUGGACUUGGAUAGGCAUAGAUUUGAAGGUACAGGCCAAGGAACCCCUGGUGCUAAACAAUGCAGACAACACAGAUUGGCACCUACUACAGGGUCCCACAGACAUCAGGAUAGAGAGAAACAGUCCAGACAAGGUGAAGCUGUGGGGACUCAAGGAAGGCGCCUACCUGUUCCAGCUGACAAGGACUGACUCAGACCAAGGAGAGAAAACAGCCAACAUCACCAUUACUGUGCUGUCUGCCAAGCAGACAGAAGACUAUUGCCUCGCAUCCUACAAGGUUGGCCACUGUCGGGGUUCCUUCCCUCGCUGGUACUAUGACCCCACAGAACAGAUCUGCAAGAGGUUCACUUACGGGGGCUGCUUGGGCAACAAGAACAACUACCUCCGGGAAGAGGAGUGCAUGCUAGCCUGUCGGGAUGUGCAAGGUCUCCCACUGGAAAGGCACCAUCCAGUGUGUUCUGGCAACUGCCACUCUGCCCAGUUCCACUGCAGCAAUGGCUGCUGCAUCGACAGCUUCCUAGAGUGCGAUGACACCCCAGACUGCCCUGAUGGCUCAGAUGAAGCCAACUGUGAAAAAUACACCAGUGGUUUUAAUGAGCUCCAGAGCAUCGGUUUCCCCAGUGAAAAAGGGCACUGCGUGGACGUGCCAGACACGGGGCACUGCGAUAAGAACAUCCCACGCUGGUACUACAACCCAUCCCUUGAACGCUGCGCCCGCUUUACCUACGGUGGUUGUUACGGCAACAAGAACAACUUUGAGGAAGAGCAGCAGUGUCUUGAGUCCUGUCGUGGCAUCUCCAAGAAGGAUGUGUUUGGUCUGCGCAGGGAAGGUUCCAUUCCUAAUGUAGGCUCUGUGGAGGUGGCUGUUGCUGUGCUCCUGGUCGCCUGCAUAGUGCUGGUGAUCGCUAUCCUGGGUUAUUGCUUCUUUAAGAGCCAGAGAAAGGGCUUCCACAGACAUCGCCACCGCCACCCACCGCCUACCCCUGCCAGCUCCACUGUCUCCACCACCGAGGACACAGAGCACCUGGUCUAUAAUCACACAACCCGGCCCCUCUGAGCCUGGGCUCCUGCUGGUCUCACCAGGCCCUGCUUCCCACUUGCCAAGACAGAGGCCAGCACUGGGGAAACUUUGGCACCAGACUCCCGCUUGUUUCCCAAGUGUGCUCUGCCUCAAGCCAGGCCUUUGGCCCUCUCGGAGGCAUCUCUGCUGAGCUCAGGUCAGUUCUGGAGAAGGCUCAAGGGUCUGGGAGGAACAGAAAACCCUUGAGCCAGGAGCACUGUACGUAGAAGGAACUACCUGCCCAAGAGCCAGAGGAAGUUGAGAGUUUUGUGUCCUGUUCAAAACUGCCUGUCCCUGUCCUACGAUGCUAGGAAAGGGACCUAGGGUAGUGUCCGAAAUCGGAGGCUCCCAACCCUGUCUUCCACAGCUGCCCUUCCUUUCUGCACGGUCCAGUACCGAGAGGAAGUACUUCCCUUUGUAGUUGAUGCUGUAAAUACUUGUUUUUUUCCAGGACUGGGGUCAGCUCAAUGAUAGAGCAUGUAGGAGGCCCUGGGUUUUCUCCCCAGCACCACACAAUAGUAAAUUGAAUAAAAAGUACACAAGAUAAAAAUG